AUGGCGGCGGCGGCGGAGGAGCCGGAGGGGCGGCGGGGCCGGGGGCCGCGGCCGGGACCGGCUCCGGGCAGCCCCGCGGGGCGGGCGGUGGGCGAGGGCUCGCCCGGGGGCAGUGGCCGCCGCGUCUUCAGCCCCGCCGGGGAAUUCCGCGAGUUCUCCCGGCGGCAGCUCCGCGACAUGGAGCGGCUCUUCCGACAGUACGACGCAGGGAAAGACGGCUUCAUUGACCUGAUGGAGCUGAAGCUGAUGAUGGAGAAGCUGGGGGCUCCACAGACACACCUGGGGCUGAAGAACAUGAUCAAGGAGGUGGAUGAGGACCUGGACAGCAAGCUCAGCUUUCGGGAGUUCCUGCUGAUUUUCCGGAAGGCGGCAGCGGGCGAGCUGCAGGAGGACAGCGGGCUGCACGCCCUGGCCCGGCUCUCUGAGAUCGACGUCUCCACAGAGGGGGUGAAAGGAGCCAAGAACUUCUUUGAGGCCAAGGCACAGGCCAUCAAUGAAGCCAGCAAGUUCGAGGAGGAGAUCAAGGCAGAGCAGGAGGAGAAGAAGAAGCAGGCAGAAGAGCUGAAGCAGAGGAAAGCAGCCUUCAAGGAGCUGCAGUCCAACUUCACGCAGUGACAGGGCCAGGCAGGACUGGGCAGUGCCCAGAGUGGCGGCGCUGCCUGUGCCACGUGCCAGCCAUGCUGGGAGUGAUGCCCAAGCUGUGUGCCACCCGGGCUGCUGGCAGGACCCACCUUGCUGGCAGAGCCCAGUCACCCCAGCUCCCCCCUCCCCUCUUGCUGUGGUGUCUGUAGGUGUUGUUCGUGCCCCCCACCUCCUCAGCGUGCCCCCCACCCUGAGCAGCACCCCGUUCUCUGCCCACAGCUGCACUGGGGGUUGCUGCUGCCCAUCCCAGGGGAGCUGUGUCCAGAGUGUCUGUCCCUGGCACGCCUGUGCCCAGACUGUUGUGUGUUGUGAGUGCACUGGGAGCUUUGCAGGAUGGGGGCUUGCACAGGUGGCCAUGGUGGGUGUUGUGGUGGCCGUGCUGGCUCGGUGUCUGUUGGUAUUGCUGUGUGUGACACCAGUGACAAAAGCCAUGGCAAGGGCCAGCUGCUGGUAGAGGAGCUCUGUGUGUGUGUGUGUGUGUGUGUGUGUGGUGCUGGGGGUGGGUGCCCACCCUGCUGGCAUGGAGCCCCCCAGGAGCUGUGUCUCUCUUUAUUUUGGUCAAAGACGUACAGAAAGGCAGCUGCUGGCUCAUGGGGCUGUAUUAUGUUUUUUCAUGUUAUGUUCAGCCUGGCAGGAUGAGUGUGGUGGCCACAAAUGGUUGCCAUUGGUCACUGAGGCUCUUGUCUUCGUGGGUGGCUGUAAAAACCCACAUCUGUCCCACAGUGUCCCCCGAGUGGCGGCAUAGGGGGUGUGUUAUGGUUUUUUUUUUAAUUUAAUCCCAAAUAAAUAUUAUAUUUCUUAAUAUAAUUU